ACAUUUUUACUGGGAAAUUCAAUUAUUAUAAUAUUUUCCAGUUCUGAUCCUCACACGUUUUAUUUAGAGCAUCACAUUCCGGUUGGGGAAUAGACUGAUCGGAUUUCAGAUACUACUACUUUUUUACCUGCUCUACUUCAUCUAUUUCAGUGAUCUGAAACUCGGCUUCUCAGCGGAGCUGGAUUUGGCGAUUUGGCGUCAGUGUUCUGUUUCUGCUGAGUUAAGUUGGACGAUUCUAAUGAGUAGAUAUUGAGAUACUACGAUAAGAUAGUGGAGUGUGAAGAUGAGUGAAGGCAAGAAGUAUCAGCUGGGGACGAUUGGAGCGUUGAGUCUUUCAGUGGUUUCAUCUGUUUCGAUUGUGAUAUGCAACAAGGCACUCAUUAGCACUCUUGGCUUCACUUUUGCUACAACUCUUACUAGCUGGCAUCUUCUUGUUACUUUUUGCUCUCUUCACAUUGCUCUAUGGAUGAAAUGGUUUGAACACAAGCCUUUUGAUUCAAGAGCAGUCAUGGGAUUUGGAAUUCUUAAUGGAACAUCCAUUGGACUUCUAAAUCUUAGCCUGGGUUUCAACUCCGUUGGUUUCUAUCAGAUGACAAAAUUGGCAAUUAUCCCAUGUACUGUCCUUUUAGAGACUCUUUUCUUCAGAAAAUUGUUCAGUAGGAAUAUCCAAAUUUCACUAGUUGUUCUUCUCUUGGGUGUUGGGAUUGCAACUGUGACUGAUUUGCAGCUUAAUGUCCUGGGUUCCGUCUUGUCCCUGCUUGCAAUUGUAACAACUUGUGUUGCACAAAUUAUGACAAAUACCAUCCAGAAGAAGUUCAAGGUUUCUUCAACCCAACUUCUGUAUCAAUCUUGUCCCUAUCAGGCAAUCACUCUUUUCAUAACUGGACCGUUUGUGGAUGGGCUUCUGACUAAGCAGAAUGUAUUUGCUUUCAACUAUACUCCUCAAGUUCUGGCAUUUAUCGUCCUAUCCUGUUUAAUAUCAGUUUCUGUGAACUUCAGCACCUUUCUUGUAAUUGGAAAGACAUCACCAGUUACUUAUCAGGUCCUAGGGCAUUUGAAAACGUGCCUUGUUUUAGGCUUUGGUUAUGUUCUUCUACGAGACCCCUUUAGCUGGCGGAACAUUUUAGGAAUCUUGAUUGCUAUAGUGGGGAUGGUACUGUACUCGUAUUGUUGCUCUAUCGAGAGCCAGCAAAAGGCCAGUGCUGAAGCAGCACAAAUUUCCCAGGCCAAGGAAGCCGAAUCCGAUCCCCUAAUAAGUGCUGAAAACGGUAGUGGAAUUCUCACUGAGGGGGUUGGUGGUGCAAGGGCUCCGGGAUGGAACUCAAACAAGGACCUGCGUGCGUGAAACUUAGGCAGCAUCGACUCGAUUAAAUGGUCUUCAUGUAAGCUACUGUGGCAGCGAUGAAGAUGUUGCUGCAAGGCACCACCAUACGUUGUAUUUUAAUAGAUUGGAACUUUAUAUCUACCUGUAGUAGAGAGCUGAAUGAGUUUUGUAUACUCUUUCCGGUUAAACAGUUUUGUAUACUCUUCUAGGUGUGCCAAUACAGAAUAGAUUCUCUUUCAUUCA